CGCAUGGAGGGCCUCCGACCAAAGCACAGACUAACAAGUGUGUGGGUAUACCUUCUCCGGAGAACAAUGACAGCCCAUCGCCACUUCUCACUCACUCUGCGCGUACCCUCACGUCUAGUACUGGUUCAGGAAGAAUAGUUAACGGCUACCUGGCCAUCACUCUUCCGAUACCGCAUUGCUGAAAAGGUCAUAGGGUCAGGCCAUUCCGCCCCCGAUAGCAUGGGUCUUGGUCUGCGAGAAGUUAGCUAAUGUUUCCCCGGCCUUUUCUUCCGUUUUUCAUUCCCCUUCCAACCCCUAGGGGGCUUUCUCGAUGGCGGGUGCGAGCUGCCUACUUUUCUCUCUCUCUCUCUCUCUUCUCACUGACCAGUCAAAAGUAUUCCAGGGAUUCGGCCGAUGGGCGGCCAUGUGCCACACACUCAGGGCUCUCGUACAGUUAUACUACCUGCGCUCGCCUUCCGAACUCAAUUCUUAUGAGGGCAGUUGCGGCCGACGGGGCUUCGUCAACUCCCAUGAAGGGGAAUUAAAUUCGCGCACAUUCACGAAUUGACCUACCGGCCGAGGUAUCAGUGGCUGGCCAGUAGCCGGCCACGGUUGACGGUAGAUGAGAUAGAAUGAAACCGGGGGUGGGCGGAGGAAGGUAGCGUGAGGUCCUACGCGGAGGAAUGCCGUAGAAGCGAUCACGACGCUAUCCACUGGCUCACAUGCUUCGGUCGGUUGUUCCUGUGUCGGCGACACAGGUGUUCAUGUUCAGAGUAAACGCCGGACGUUUGGUCAAGUCACGCUGGAGGAAGCAUCCCUGUAUGAGGUAAGGUGGUCACCCACCGACAAGGUGAGAAACCGCGUAGGUUCCUGAUGAUGAAUUCCAUGCGUCAGCCACAGCGUGUCUCUGUCUUGCAUUGACUGC